AUUUAUUGUUAGUUGCAACAAAGUCAAUAUAAUUACAGUUUAUAUUAUUUAAAUCCUAUAUACAUUUAGUAUUUGUUCUGGUUUUUAUUGUAAGAUUUUAUUAAAUAAAAGAAAAAAUGUCGGACAAUAACGAAUUUUUGCCACUUGACGAGACAUAUGGCACAAAAGCUUUAUUUGUUGGUUCAGAGGCAGAACAAUGGAAUUCCUUAGCUACGGUCCCUCCAAUUACGAUGUCAACAGUGUUCAAACAAGCCUCUCUUGAUGAACCUCAGGAGUUUUUAUAUGGGCGUUUUGGUAAUCCAUCCAGAAAAGUAAUGGAAAAAUGUAUAGCUGCUUUGGAAUGUGGAAAAUAUUGUUACAGUUACGCAUCGGGAUUGGGAGCUAUUCAUGCGAUUUUCACAUUAUUAAACGCCGGUGAUCACGUUAUAGUUGGAGAUGACAUUUAUGGUGGAUCAAAUGCAUUAAUUAAUAAAAUUUUUAAACGUAUAGGACUUGAAACAUCGUUUGUUGAUACAACAGAUCUAUCAAAUGUUGAAAAAGCUUUUAAGCCCAAUACAAAAUUAAUAUUCAUAGAAAGUCCUACAAACCCAACAUUAAAAGUUACUGAUUUAGAAGAAAUUGCUAAACUUGCAAAAUCCAGAAAUAUACUUACGGCUAUAGAUAACACAUUUCUAACUAGUUACUUCCAAAAACCAUUGAAUUUUGGCUUCGACAUUGUUAUGCAUUCUUGUACUAAGUACAUAGGUGGGCAUAGUGACGUUACUAUGGGCGUUUUAAUUACGAAUUGUGAAAAACUUGCAUCAGAGUUAGAAAUAAUUCAAAUGUAUGGUGGAAGUGUACCCUCACCAUUCGACUGUUUCUUGGUUCAACGUAGUUUAAAAACUCUUUCUAUACGUAUGGAUGUACAUCAGAAAAAUGGAUAUGCAGUUGCAAAAUUUUUAGAGAAACAUCCAUUAAUUGAGAAAGUUGUUCAUCCAGGUUUACCAUCUCAUCCGCAAUAUGAAAUAACAAAAAAACAAACUUCUGGUCAUAGUGGAAUGAUCUGUUUUUACAUUAAAGAUGCCGAAGUUAAACAAACGAAAAAAUUCUUAACAUCACUUAAAAUGAUUAUUCUCGGUGGAAGUGUUGGGGGUGUUAAAACUUUAGCACAAAGUCCGUCAAUUAUAAGCCACAGACAAAUGCCACGCGAAGAAAAAUUAAGAUUAGGAAUUACAGACAAUUGUAUACGUUUAUCCAUAGGAAUAGAAUCAGUUAAAGAUCUAACUGCAGAUUUAGAUCAAGCCCUCAAAGCUGCAUUUGAAUAAAAUUGCAAAAUUGUUACUUUAAUUAAUUUAUAUUUAAAUUAUAUAAUUGUUAAUAUAUUUAUAUGUGAUAUAAUAUUGAGUUAGAUACUUAGACCAGUACCAGAUAUUCUAAAUUUUUUAAAUAAUUUCAA